UCUUUUUUCUCUCGUUCUCUUCAAUUUUUCUGCGCCUUCACAGUUGGCCACUAUCGUCCAUGGCAUACUAUUACACUCUGUAUUGUACUGAUGAAAGCAAAAUAUCAUAGCUCCACAACAGUAAAUUUUAUGGCUUAAUGGACUUAGACACCAGACCCCAUCACCGCACAGCAGCCGUUACAAACAAUAGUACAACUAGUGAGCUUUUUAUUUGCUUUACUUCUCGUCUUUCUUCUUCUUCUUCAUCUUCUUCCAUGAAAUUCUCUAAAUCAAUUCUUAGUCCUGGCCGUGCACGUGAUGGGCCUCUUUCUCUUCCCACUUCUCUCAGCCGGAGACUCAGAGCAAAUGGUAGUAUAAAAGGCGGUCAAGCUUCUCCUAUGUUUCCGGCCACCGGGAAGAAACGCGGGUCGGGUUUUGAAAACCCGGAACCUACUUCUCCGAAGGUUACUUGUAUUGGUCAGGUUCGAGUGAAGACGAAGAGGAAGGUGAAGCAGACAAGGAGUUUGUCGAAGAGAAGAAGUGGAAGCGGUGAGGUGAGUUUCAGAAAAAUAGAGCAAGUCACUGAGGCAUUUAAUCAAACAGAUGAUAGGCUAUUGUUAAGGAAUCAGAGAUACUCGCAAGGGAACUCGAGUGUGCAUUAUCAGCAACAAGAAUGCGUUUCUCAUAGAAAUCAAAGAUGGGUUCAUCUUCCAUUGACGAUAUGUGAAGCUUUGAGGGCUUUUGGUGCUGAGUUUAGCUGUUUGUUCCCUUGCCGUUCGUCGUGUUUUUCGACGAACGAAAGGGAAAAGGAAGAGAAAGGAGGGGAGAAUAAUGAGCAUAGAUCGUGUGGGGCGGUUUUUGCUAGAUGGCUAGUAGCAGUACAAGAUGGGGAAGGAGGGAAAAGGAGGGAUAUUGAGUUGGUGGUAGCGAAUGGUGAAGAGGAAAGAACAGAGGAGGAGGAGGAGGCAAGGCGUAGUAUAAUGAGGAGUUCAAGAAGACAUGUCUUUGAAGAUAUUGAAUUUAAGGAUGAGAUUGUUGAAAUGGAAAACGGAAGAGAGAAUGAAGAGAAAGGUAGAGUGAGUAUUUGUAUUCCGCCGAAAAAUGCUCUGCUUCUCAUGAGAUGCAGAUCCGAUCCUUUGAAAAUGGCUGACCUUACUAAUAGAUUCAAGGAGUCGCCUGUUUUGAAAAAGGAACAUUAUGAUGAUGAAGAUGAAGAAGAAGAUGCUGUAGAAUUGGAAAAAUUCGGAGAAAUUAAGCGUAUGGAAAUUGUAGAUUGUCAGAAAUGUGAACCAAGUAAUGAAGUUGAAGCAACGGAGAAAUUGUGCAAAUUGCCAGGUGAAGCUAGGCUUUCAGUAGAUCUCAAUGAAAUGGAAGAGAAUACGGAGGAAACUGAGGUCAUGGAAAUAGAGGAAGAAAGAAAGCAUGAAACUUGUGAAUUAGCCGCAGAAAAGGAGGAAGAAGAUGACCAAAUAGAGUGUUUUGUAGCCGAAGACGAGGAGUAUCUUGAACAAUCAGUCCAAUUGGUUAAUCAUAUGGAAGAUAAUGAAGAAAUUGGAAAUAACCAUGUUGAGGAAGAAGGAGAAAAACGGACUAUUUCUCCCCGUUUAUCGUUAUCAGAAAGCUCAAAUAGACGAAGUAUCAAAAUUGAAGACGAAGAACUAGAACUAGUAACUGAAGAAGCUGCAUUGGAAGAAGAAGAAGAACGAUUCAAGUCAACCGUAAUGAAAGAAAUCGAAGAAAUUCUCAUGCAGGGUAACAUAGAAAUGAAUUCCACAAAGCCCCAACAAGAAUCUGAACAAGAAGAACCGGUGCAAAAGGAGGAACAUAUUGAAGAAGAGAAGCAAAUUAAACAACCCAAAGAGCCUGAAAACGAAGAAAAAGAAUCCGUUUUGCCAGAGUGUUUGUUACUAAUGAUGUGUGAACCGAAGCUAUCAAUGGAAGUUUCGAAAGAAACAUGGGUGUGUAGAAGGGAUUUUCUCAGAUGGUUACCCGAAAGAAAACAACACGCCAAACCACCCAAGAAAGAGAUCCCUGAAGAACAACCCAAAAGGCGGCGGAGCACUGACACUAAACCUACAGAAUACAGGAACAAACACCUAUUACAACCACCAAGAUCAUCGUGUUCUUUACCGGCAGCCACAGGGAUGUCCAUGUCUACUAUGAUUGAGCAGAAACUAGUGAAUGCAGCAGCUUACGAGCCGUUUGUGCUGACAAGGUGCAAGUCGGAGCCAAUGAGGACAGCGGCAGCUAAGCUGACCCCGGAGAAUUGUUGCUGGAAAAACAGAAAAAUUGAGCCUCACCGACCGGCUACAUUUGGCGUCGGGGCAGCUGGAGUCGGGUUUUGAGCUGACCCGAUUUGUUUGUUACUAUUGAAUACAUUAGUCUAGCAUUGUGUGUCUAGCUUGUACAUUUUCUUUAAAUUAAAUU